CUUGCCCCCCGGACGCUGCCCGUGCAGGGCCCCCUGGCCCCGCGGGCCCCCCCGGCACCCCAGGGCAGGGCCUUUGGCACCUCGGUGAGAUGCAGGAGCACUUUCAACGUCCAGGAUGGCAGCGACUUCCAGGACCGGGUGGUGAACAACCCCAAACCCGUGGUGGUGGACUUCUAUGCACAGUGGUGUGGCCCCUGCAAGAUCCUCGGCCCCAGGCUAGAGAAGGUGGUGGCCAAGCAGGAGGGGAAGGUGCUGAUGGCCAAAGUGGACAUUGAUGAUCACACAGACCUUGCUAUCGAGUACGAG